AUGAGAACCUUCAUCUUGUUAGCCCUUAUCGGGCUCGUCUCGGCGGCUGUCCACCAACAAAAAUUGAUCCACCGUGAAUCUCAAAAAAUCGCUAUGAUCCGUAGAGGAGAAUGGGCCGAAUAUGUCAAAUACAAGGCUGCUUUGAGAGAUGCCAAUCCAUCCGAAUACGCAACAGUUGCUCAAAAUGUUAACGAUUUCGGAGAUUAUGAAUAUUUGGGAAAUAUCACAAUUGGAACUCCAGGACAACCCUUCCUUGUUGUUUUGGAUACCGGAUCAGCCAAUUUGUGGGUUCCAGGACCAAAUUGCGAGUGAGUUUUGAAUGAUAACUUCAAACCAGAAGCAAUUUCAUAUGUAUAUUUUAGCGGAUCAUGCGCUGGAAAGAGAACCUACAACGCUGCCGCAUCUUCAACAUCUCAAUCAAACGGACAAACCUGGACUAUUCAAUACGGAUCAGGAAGUGCUAAGGGAAUUCUUGGAGUCGACACAGUUGCUUUCGGAGCAGCUGAUACCACUCAACUCGCUGUUCCAAAAACCACUUUCGGUAUUGCCACACACAUUUCAGCCGACUUCAAGAACGACGCCGCUGAAGGUAUCCUUGGACUCGCUUUCACUUCUCUUGCUGUUGAUCAUGUUGUUCCACCACUCAUCAACGCUAUCAACCAAGGACUUCUUGAUCAACCAAUCUUCACCGUCUGGCUUGAACAUAAGGGAGCACAAAUCGAUGUUGGAGGAGGAGUUUUCACUUACGGAGGUUUGGAUACCACCAACUGUGGAGAUGUUAUCGCUUAUCAACCAUUGUCAUCUGCCACUUAUUACCAAUUCCAAGCUUCUGGAUUCUCUUUGGGAAGUUACACAAUCACUAAGAACUAUCAAGUUAUCUCUGACACUGGUACCUCAUUCAUCGGAGGACCAAGUGCUGUUAUCAGCAAAUUGGCUGCCGCCGCUGGAGCUACUGUAAGUAAAGUGAAAACACUAUUCGAUAAUUUUUAAUUAUAAUUUUAGUACAACGCUGCUGACCAAACUUAUUACAUUGACUGCAAAGCCAGCGCUGGACCAUUGAAUGUUGUCAUUGGGGCUAACACUUAUGCUAUUCAACCAGUCAACUAUAUUGUUGACGUUGAUGGAACCGGACAGACUUGUGUCUUCGCUGCCUUUGCUUUCAACAACUUUGGAUUCGGACCAGCCUGGAUUCUUGGAGAUCCAUUCAUCAGACAAUACUGUAACAUCCAUGAUUUGGGACAACAAAGAUUGGGAUUCGCACCAUCUCUUCAAAAGUAAUUUUUCUAUCUAUUUUCAUAGGGAAAUUUUUAUUUAUAAUAAAAUUGAAAAUGAAUAUAAAUAUGAAAUAAUUUGAAGCUACCCAAACUACAUUGAAACAUCUACCAAAUUCACAAGUUCUAAUUGUCAUCGUAUUGUGCAAAUGUUCGUUUGUUUCUGUUUGUUCGUUUUGUGGUUUAUGUGA